AUGCAUCUUCCACGACUCGCAACAGGCCUAGCUGGUCUCUUAGGAAUUAGCAAGCCAGCUCUCACCCCCAGACAAUUCGAACCAGACUCCAGCGUCUACAUCGAUGCCGAAACCGGCCUGACCUUUGCCUCCUACACCAGCGACCGCAGCAUCAUCUUCCGCGUCGCCAUCCCCGACGUCAUCCCCGCCGACUUGGUUUAUGACACCGUCCUCCAGAUCGUCGCUCCUAUCACCGUCGGCUGGGCCGGGUUCGCCUGGGGAGGACACAUGACGUAUAACCCGCUUGGUAUCGCGUGGGCAAACGGUAAAGAGGUUGUGCUUUCGCCGAGGAUUGCUUACGGCUACUACUCCCCACCCACUUACACCUCCAGUCACUACACCCUCCUAAAAACCGGCACCCACGUCAACGCCACACAUUUCCAAGUAACCGCCAAAUGCACCGGUUGCUCCUCCUGGGGCGACGAGUCUAUCGGGUUCAGCAAUAUCGACCCGGAGUACCAGACCACGCUUGCCUACGCGUACGGAGACGCAAAAGUCGAUACCCCAGCGGAUGUGCAGUCGACUUUUGGGAUUCACGAUAGUUUGGGACAUCCGAUUUACGAUCUGGCGGUGGCGAAGAAUAAGGAUUUUGCGAAGAAGGUGGCUGCGCUUGUUGAGGGGAAGCCCGCGAGUGGGGGUGGGAGUGGGGAGGAUGAGGUUUGUAAGGAGGAGUGA